UCCAACAAAGCCCUUCUUUCUCGUUCAGAUUUGGAAGUGCUUGUGUUAAUAAUAAAUGGAUUCUAGCCGGCGGCGGUCAUGCUUCAACGAGGAAGACGACGAUGGACUCGCUUUUAUUGCAGGUAUGGAGCUGCAGGCCGGUGGAAAAGCUCACUAUGGCUUACAGAGGAGAGGUAGCUUCAGAAACCUCUCUAUAUCACCAUCAUCAUACUCUUCUUCUUCGAUGAGAUUUGGUAGAUUCCAAGAGGAGGAGCAAAACCAUCCUCAUUUCUUAGAAGCUUGUUUCCUUUGCGAAAAGUCACUCGGGGGCAACAAGGACAUUUUCAUGUACAGGGGAGACAUCCCAUUUUGCAGCGAUGAUUGCAGGCAAGAACAAAUGGAGAUAGAGGAAUUGAAAGAGAAGAAGAGUUGGAAUAAUAAUAAUGGAUCUUUGAGGAUGAUCAGAAAAGGAAACACAACAAAUUCAACAUCUCCAAACAAAUCUAGGCCAGGAUCAGGAGGAGAAUACCCUUUCCACCAUAAAGGGGCUGUAGCAGCAUAAUUAAUAUAUCUAUUUUCUACUUAGAUAUAUAUAUAUAUUGGUUAAAUGGCUAUGUAAUUUUGGGUUAAUAUAUAUAUAGUAGUGUAUAUAUGCUGUUGCUGCUGCUGCUUAAUAUAUAGUCUUCUCCGAAGAUCUUAAGAUUUUGUAUUUUCAUCUUCUUCUUUUUUUUAACCAACAAACCAACGCUCUCUCUUUGGGUGCAGAUUGAGUAGUACAUGUAUAAUCUUCAUAGAAGAAGAACUGCUUUGAUUCUGCCUUU